CUAUAGAUUUGCGAAUCACGCAUUUGAUACAUACGAGCACCCGCUUGCUGAGCCGACGAUACAUAAUGACUGCGGACGUGCACUUUAAAAAGUUAUGGAGAACGCUUAAAUACUACCAUCAAGUAACUCAGCCUAUUACCGUCGUCAUUAUACCCGACUUUGAGGCGUACUUGAAGUUUGCGGAUGCCGUUAAGGCCUAUCCCAUGUCUUUUCCGGCGUGGUUCAUUCUGUUUCUCUACACCUCCGACAACAGCACCUAUGAUCACUGCCGUGAACCGAUCGGUAAUCCCUUUAAUCUAACGUUCGAUACGCAGAUGUUAGUAUUAUGUAACAACGAGACGAUAUUGCGGGAAUGGUAUUCCGUCAAGGGCGAUACCGUCAAAAUCUUUGACCUGGCGGAAUGGAGAGACGAUAAAGGAUUCAUUCCUCUGACGAAUCUGUCUCUCUACGAACGGAGGAAAGACAUGGAAGGAGUUGUCCUACGAGCGGUCGCGGCCAAGGUGCUCAAUAAAAUUCAAUUAGCACAGCACUUGAUUGACAGUUUAUUUUCGACGAUUGAUGGGAAUCAGGUGGCUACUAUGUACGGAAAAGUGUUGGAGGAGCUCACGAGUUCUCUCAACUUUACCGUGAAUAUUGUCUCGCAAAUAAACGAACACGGUAUACAGAAUCGGCAAACUCUCAUCUGGACUGGAGUGAUGGGCAAGAUUGUGUCGGGUCGCGCGGAUUUCGCUGUCGCCGACAUGUCAUUGACGAGUCUUCGAAAGCGUUAUGUCGAUUUUACGCUGCCCUUGAUCGUAUCUAAAAUCAAUCUGUAUAUCAAGGAACCGGGAAUAUGUGGCGUCAAAUGGAUCGGCUAUUUUCAGACUUUCAAUUCGCGUACGUGGGCUACAAUUAUCAUACUGAUAGCGACCGUGCCGCUACUCUUAUUCUUUAUGAAAUCGUACCGUAAUCAAUCACGAAGCGCCAUGGAUCUGAUCUCUGAGAAUUUCAUCUGCAUUUGGGGUAUCUUUUGUCAGCAGGCGCUUAUAGAAUUUCCGAAAAAUGUAUCGCUGCGCGUCGCGUAUAUUACGAUAUUUUUAACGGCGAUGCUGAUAAUGGCUCACUAUUCAGCGGCGUUAAUUUGCUUCCUGACAGUGUGUACUAGCAUUCUGCCUUUUCAAACGUUAGAAGAAUUUAUUGACGAUGGUACCUAUAAAUUAAUCAUGCUACGUGGUACUGCUGACUACGAAGUAGUUACCUUUCAGGCGCAGCAUGAGACGAAGCUUUUCUAUGCAAAGCUGAUGAAAUUAAUGAAGGACGAAUCGGAAUUGCCGAGAAAUCUAGAGGAAGGCUUCAUGCAAGUAUGCAAUGAGAAAAAUGUUGCCUUUAUGGUGCUGAGUGCUCGAAAGAAAAGCGUAGAAAAGGAGAUACCCUGUAAGUUGUCGAGUAUUACUACCGAGAGGAUAGACAAUUUAGCAAUGAUCCUCUCCAAGAAUAAUCCGUACACAGGCGUGAUAAAUUAUCAUUUGCAGAAAUUUUUGGACAAUGGUAUGAUAAUGCGUCUGAGGGAAACAUAUUCGCCACAGUUGGCUGAAAACAAGAUUUACAAGCCAGUUUGA